AUGCAUCACGGAUUGUCGGAGAAAAAGUUCAACAAUAUCGACGAAGUCCGAUCUUGGGUCGCAUCAUACUUCGACUCACAGCCAACCAAAUUCUUUGACGACGGCAUCCAGAUGAUCGAUGGCGAAGCGUUGUUGAUAGUUGUUGAGAAUAUUGUUUGGAAUAAAGACUUGAUUUUUCUAAAAACCUCUAACAUAUUCCGUGAAGUGCUUUCAAUUAUGCGGAUGCAUUCUACCACGAAAGGAAAGAAAAUUGACUCACCAGCUCGAAUAAAUACAGACAUAAGGACAUAA